AUGUCGGGCGGUUUCAACAGUGGCAGUGAAUAUGACAGCUACAGCGACAGUGACAGUGGCGUCGGUGAAAGUCCCUGGUCCGGGCACUUCCGCGCCGUCUGGACCGAGUGGGCGCAUGGCAGGGCAUUUGAGAACGAGCAGGUGGUGGACGAUCUGAAGCUGCAUCUCGUCAAGCAGCGGAAGAAGCUGACCGAGCUCAAGCGCCGUGCUGCUGCCGGCACUGAGGGGGAGCAGUUCUGGGGCUUCGUCGAUAACUGCGAGGAGAGAAUCGAGCGACUCGAGAGGGAACUGUGGAAAAGGGAGAACAAGGUUAUCCAGUGGCGGGCCAUAGCCAAUGGAGAUGUUGGCGCCAGCAUGCGGAGCAGUGUCAAGGAGUUCAGGAGGUGGGUGGAGGACGACGAGGGCAACAAGGUGAGGCAGAGGCUUACGAAACGGGCGCCCACGGUUGUAGCAGAUUGA